AUGGCGCACGCUCACACAGACCCGAAAUCCAUUGACCACACCCUGCAAAAUACAUACGAUGAACUGCGGCGUGGGGAAAACCAGCACUACCGAUCCGCCGAAGCCCGGUACACAAAUCAUGUAAAAGAACUGCUGGGCAACUUGGAGCGCUACCUCGAGACGUGUGGCGUGCAACUCCCCACUGAGGUGCAGGAGGGCUCAGAGAUUACUGCGGCCGCGGCUGCAGCUAGCGAGCAAGCGGUCUUCGUGGUGUCAUCGCGAGGUCGUUUGAUGGGGACUCAUCGCGUAAGCCAACCACACUGCAUAAGCGGUAGGUCUGCGCCCGCGUCUGCGGCAGUAAGCUAUGUGAAGCGCGACCGCGACGCUGUGAGCCAGCAAGAGGAAACAAGCAACAACCUUAGUGCUCGCUCAAGUGGCCCAGUCUAUAGCGGAUGGGGAAAUCUAGCAACCCCAUGCGAGGCGCGGCGUGGCAGCAGCGUGGCGAACGCGCACCUUACCAUGAGCAGUGGCCCCGUAGCUGCGGCAACGUCGACUCUGCACAGUACUCCUCUGCAGAGUGGCCAGGCACAUGCCAUGUCUGGCUCAUCCUUUUCUUCCCUUGAGGCUGCCUACCAACGGCACCCCACUCUGAGCAAAAAGAGCGUGUGUACGGCCAACAGCGAAAGCAGGGCGAGUCUUCUGUACAACUCACAGCAAGCGACCAGGGCGCACACUGCAUACUCCCCCUCAUCGACAUUCAUUCUCGUCACCGUUGGGGCAGACGACAACGCGGAGGGCAACAUCGCCCCUCUCAUGUACAGCAACGACGCCGCUGGCGUUGACAGCUGCAGUGUGGACAGUGCCAGUGCUCCCAUCGUGGCCAUUAUCAACUCUAGGGACAGCGGCGAUAGCGGCCCAAGGAGCAGGAGGCGCGGCGGGAGCCCGGCAGUGCGGUCGCCCCCGGCACCACCACCUACGGUGCAGGAUUACUGCACAGGGGUGGGCGCGCGCGGCAGUCUCUACGCAUCAGGCGACGGUGUCAGCCGCAGCUGCAGGACCUACCCUAUAGUGUCGAAGGCGAUUGCCGGUGUUUCGGAUGCAGACUCGGGUGCCGCUCGCACUACUGCCGGUCAUGACCGCUGGGGAGAGUUCGGUACCUUUGUGCAGUCGAUCACGGAGACCCGCCAAAAGCGUAACAUGGCAGCCCUCAAGCGUGCAGCCGCGACGAGAUGCCCGCUGCCGGACAGCGCCAAUGGUGCUCUGAUUGCCGACCUCCCCAUCGUGACGCGAGAUGUGGAAAGAGGCAGCAGUGGAGCAGCGUCACCUCUGUUUGCCAUGGUAGCGCCGUCGCCUGGUGUUACGCCCAAGGCUGGCUUUCUCCUCCCUUACGUGCUCAGCACCGGCACCUCCAUGACGACCCCGCCCACGCCUGUCUUGGCUGUCGCUGCAGGCGGCCAAGUGCAACCGUCGCCCCUGGACUGGUGUGGCACCAAAGCCCACACAUAUCCUCUGCCACUACAGGUGGCGCACGGGGCUGGCAGCGACGCGGUGCGUGCGUUGGCAGCGGCAGGUGCCGCAGCGGAAACAACUGGCAGCCCCGAAAUGGCAGACGUGGAGAUUGAUAAGUUGCCGUCACCUUCAUCCGGGGCCUUGAGCUUCCCUGUUCCAAUGGCCACGGCGCCACCACAGCACUGUGUGGGCGCAUCCGACGCUGGUGUGCCGCUUGCCGGCCAUCGCCUCUGUCCCAGGGGUGGUGACGGCAUAGACUCAGUGGUGUACUACCAACACACACAGCGUGGCUUAGUGCCGCCGCACCCCAGAACGUCAGCUGGCGCGGUUGCAGCGGCCGUGCUGGCGAGGAGUCCGGAAAAGGAGCAGCUGAUGCGCCGCUUACAAGCGGUGCUGAAGCACUCCGUCUCUGUGACAUCAUCGGUCCAGCCUUCUGCGUUGCCAUCCGCGGUUGCUGCGGAACGGCAGUUGUCCUUCUCCGACGGCGCUGCGUGGGGUACCGGAAAGGUGCAGGGACAACACUCUGCCGUCGGCAGCACCAGGACGCCAGUGUCAGCACUUGUGCGCUCGCCUCAGUCACCGCUGCAGAUCCAGCUGAUGUCACACUAUCCCAUACCGUUGCCAAGCACGACGAAGACGAACAACGCCUCUGACGGAUCAGCAAUCACGCGGCGUAGUGUAAGCUCGUCUGAGCACAAGAUCGGCGACACUCGUGGGGAUGUGGCCGGCGGCGUGGCAUGGGAUGGGUCGUGGGACUUCCUACAGCUCGCCACCGCCGCUGUCUCGGGGUGUCCACACACCUUCUCAAGCAAAGAUAUCAGCAGCGAACCAGUCACCUAUCACAGCGUGUCGCGCAGGACUGUACAGUCGAAGGACGCUGACGGUGACGGCGACAGCGACGAGGACAGCAGUGGCCUUCCUAGGUGUGAUCACAUGCCGAAGGAAGCCUACCGCGCUCACCGAUUUGUGGAUGGUAGCAACAAAACUGCCACCGUGACAACCGAAACGCCACCUGGUGGCCUCCGUGCCGGUGGCGGGUGGGACAUGGGCAGCUGCACGACAGCGAGAAACCCCUCCGCCUGGACGUACGCCAAGGAGAAGAUACCGCCAUCGUUUGUUGCCACGUCGUGGAUGCGUCCCCCACGCAGCCCCCCCGGCGUAGCGAUGCAGAGUGACUCUGCGUCCGACGGAUAUCCUCCAGGCCUCACGAAAAGCGACAUUGGCAACUUCAGCCGAGCUGAAGAAGAAGAGGCGCUGCGAGCACGCCGAAGGCAUUCGCUGGGUCGAAGAGGGGGUUUAACCGGUGGCCAACAGCAAUCUCAGCGCGAUGUCGGGGAGAGGCAGCCCUUUUCGGCUGACUUCACCUCAGCACACGCUGAGAAGCAGCAGCUGAUGCAGCGACUGCGCAUGGUACUCAGCCGUCCUGGUGAAUGA